UUCCAUUAAAGAAAAAACAUAGCAGCUUCUUUAUGCUUUCCAUGUGCUUUCUGUGUCCUUACAUGACUCCUUCCUGCUUCAUGGAAAAUGGCAUAUAAGUCACUUUUUCAUCAUUUUCCAUCUCAUUCAUAAUAUCACUAUUUUCACUUCUUGGGUAUUUCCAUCUGUGUGGAGAGAAGACUAUAAGAGUGAGAAGUCCUCCGUUUUCAUCUUCUUCUUCUCCAUCAUCUCAGAUGUGGUGUGGUCCACCUGUUUGGAUGGCUUGCGUCGUCUUCCAUUCCUACCAGAAGAUUUGACUGUAUUCUCUCUGCUUCCUCCAGUUGCAAUAGAUCGGGAAGGGACCUCUUGGUUUAGAGGAUCGACAUCAGAUUCAUCAUCUUAGAAAUCUAUCCACACAAUCGUGAUCACGCAACGGAACAAGGAAUGGCAGUAGUUGUAUCCACCCUUCUUCAAAUGGUUAUUGAAAAACUAGCCUCCCCAAUCCUAGAACAGUGUGGAUUGGUGUGGGAUAUUGAUGAGGAGAUGGAAAAUCUAAGGAGUAAGUUAAAGAUGAUACGAGCUGUGCUUGAAGAUGUGGAGGAGCAGCAAGUAAAGGACAAGGCACUGCAGAUUUGGCUGGGAAAGCUUAAAGGCUUGGCUUCUGAUGCAGAUAACAUAUUGAAUGAAUUCCCGACAGAUGCAAAAUGCAGAAAGGUAGAGAUUUCAGGAAGCAUUAGGAAGGUAUGCAACUUCUUUUCGCCUUCCAAAAUAAAUUUGGGGAAUAAGAUAAAGGAAAUCGGACAGAGAUUAGAUGAGAUUGCUAGGGAGAGGUCCAAAUUCCAUUUGAGAGAGGAAGGACGGGCAUUGGAGAUUAGACGACAAGAACAAACUGACUCAUUUGUAAUCGAAUCAGAAGUUUAUGGAAGGGAGGAAGAUAAGAAAAAGGUAAUGGAAUUACUGAUCAGUGAGGAUAGCCGAGAGGAUGUUACAGUCAUCCCCAUAGUCGGUUCGAGGGGUCUUGGGAAGACCACACUUGCUCAAUUGGCUUACAAUGACGAGAUGGUAGCAAAGCAUUUCGAGCUAAGAAUCUGGGUUUGUGUAUCGGAUGAUUUUAAUGUGCGGAGGCUAACAAAAGAAAUUUUAGUCUCUAUUACCAAUGGUAAUUGGGAUCUUGAAAAUUUGGAUUUACUACAAUGUCACCUUCGAAAAAAGCUGAGUGGGAAGAAGUUUUUACUUGUGUUGGAUGAUGUUUGGAAUGAAAAUCCCGAGAAGUGGGGUCAGUUGAAGCAAUUUCUCAGAGGAGGUGAUAGGGGUAGUAGGAUCAUAGUAACUACCCGUAGUGAAAAAGUUGCUUCAAUCAUGGGCACUCUCCCUUCACACCAUUUGCCAAGAUUAUUAGAGGAUGAUUGUUGGUCUGUGUUCAAGCAACGAGCAUUUGGGCGAGGACGACAAGAACAUCCAAACCUUGUAAUUCUUGGAAAGGAAAUUGUAAAGAAGUGCGAGGGUGUCCCUUUGGUGGCAAAGAUGCUUGGAAUCAGGAUGCACUUUAAAGCAGAGGAAAGAGAGUGGCUGCUUGUCAAAGAAAGUGAAAUUUGGAAUAAACUGUUGGAGGGUGAUUGUACAAACAUUAUGCAUAUAUGAGAAUCCAAGCUGCCUGAUUUUCUCUGUUGAAUGUGGACUAUUGGCUGAUUUUUGUCACCCCCCUUUUGCUUGAAGACUGUUACUUGGAAGAAUGGGAUUAUCUAAUUGAUGUGACAUUUAUACAGUUGCAUGUCAACCAUAGGAUCGAGCAUGGAUGUUUUUCAUGGCUUGCAAGUUCAUCAGCUGCUAGGCUUCCAAAAUAGGUUUCAGGAAGCAACGGUCACUUGCUUUUUGUAGCUUUAUCCUUCUGUUGAGUUAGAAAUGUAUAAAUGAAUGUCUACUAGAAGGAGAGGUUGUAUUUAUUUAAGAAAGCAUGUAAAAUGGAUGUGUAGUCCAACUGUUAUGCUUGUUACAAGUACUGAUAUGGAAAAGCAUGUAAAAUGGAUAUGUAGUCUAACUGUUAUGCUUGUUACAAGUACUGAUAUGGAUUUUAUGUACUAUAUUUAUGUUAAGGAAUUAAUCAGCCAUUGUAUUGA